UUUGCUUCUUGCAUUAUGCAUAUGUAGGACCAUCGUAAUACAUAUCGCACGACGAUUCAAAUCUGCGUAUGUUUUGUAGGUAGUUUCAUCCAGUACCUGCCCCUCUUAUGCACAGUCGCGGAGUUUGUAAUAUCCAAGUUUUGACUUUCAUGCUCGACAUCACCCGUAGAAGAGGCCCACCAUGGCCAUCCGUCGUUCGAAUACCGCACCUCAGGCUUUCGAAUUUCAAGUUCGACCUGGUCUAGCCAGGGCAAAGUCUACCGUAGAUGGCUUCAUUCCCCGCUUAGAUCAAACAUCGGUAGCCGCAUCAUCCCACCACGCCUUCGUGGCGACGGCGGCCUCCCCGCUUGUAUCCCCGCGUGAUAGAGAGGACCCAUUCAGUCUUACGGGGUUUUUUCCCGUCUCAUACGAGGGGGAAAAUUGGGAAUGGUUACGACAAGAGCAAACAUUUGAACCUGCUGAGGACGAAGUACAAUCGGAGGGCUCGGUUCGUGUCGUGGCUGAAGAUGAGAUAGAGGAGACAAUCAAAGGAGAGGAUAAAAUGGGCGUGUUAUCAGUACUUAGUAAGUCCGAUCUAACAUGAGCGCUUGAGCUGUGCAUGAAGUUGAUAUGUCAAAGAUUUUACACAGCUGGAUGAUUUAUGCCUCAAACAGGGAUCUACUUGGUGGCCUAUACGAUGGGCAUUACAUGCGAUGUCUAGUAUAGUUUAGAUUUAUUAAUGUUAUUAUUAUUAUUUAUAUAAAAUUCUCACGAUUACACGUGUUUGUAAUUGUUUUUUCUCACGUCUUAGUUGAAAUCGUUCUUCUCUA